AAGGCAAGGCGCAAAGCAAAGCCUCGGAAGCCUCCGCAGCUGAGAAAGAGCUUCUGCUCGGUUCGCACUUAGACCGGCAUUGUCUCUCUCUCUUCUUCGUUACGCUCUCUUCUAUCCUCUCAUUUCAUCUCCUCCUCUUCUCUUCUCUUCUCUUCUCUUCCCCUCUCUCUCUCUCUCUCUCUCCCCCUUUCUAACUUCUGCGUGGUCGCGGAGACCUGACUGAUCUCAGACUGAUUGGGACGAGCGAAAAGACAGCGGCAUGAGAGUGCAUUACGCGGCCUGAGGAGAUCCUCGUCCCACAGAAAAUAUGCGCACGAUUUGAGGAGCAGUUUUCGCGAUGCAGAAAAGGCGACGAUCUGUUUCUGGUGACGCAGAGUAAUGCGAAUGCGGAGUCAGGCAGCCGAGCCAGCGCUGGGUUUGUACUGAUGCUUUCGAGGAGCUGAGCUCUACCCGAACGUCGAGGAGCCCUGAAACGCCCAUUGCUGCGGAACGAGUGGCGCGUCGGUGGCAUUCCGGAUUCCUGCCAUUGUUGCUCGAAACUCGUAAUCAUUCUUGUUAGCUUCUUGACACGGCCGAGCGCGAGUACAAAAGAAGCAAGAGAGCUCUGCAUUUCUUAGGAAGCACAGAAAGCGCUCAUCUGCCGAUUCCGGCCGUCGGCAGUUACGUACAGAAUCAGGGACCCGCCUCACAUCAGGCUCGUAUGUUCGGACUCGUGGGUCACGAGGAGAAAAUUCCUGCGUGCAUAAUUCCCAGCUGCCACCUCAGUUGCCGCCUUACGACACGCUGGUCUGUACACCUCCGACAGUAAGAGCGCUUUGUGCCUUGUUUCCUCGAAGUAUCUUUGUCUGCUGUAGAGGUGACCGUGCUUGACAUCUGUUGACGUUGUGGGGAUAUGAUUAUCACGGCUAGACGUUGGAAGGGAGCUCUCUGAGAAUGCUCUGUGGAGAGCUUUGCAGCUUUCUGGCCGCCUGGAAGGAUAUGGCCCGCAUUUGGGGCGCAUAGUUAUCGCAGUUGAAUGCGAGGACGUGUCGAUUAGUGCUGCAGCAUUUUGGGCAAUUUAGCAUCUGGUCGGCCGAGGGAAAUCAGGUUGGUUACACGGAUUCGAGCGUGGAGCUACAGAAGGCUGGUGAGCGGGCCAGCAGCUCUGUGUUUGCUCUGGAAUUUAGAGUCGGAACGAGACAGAGCUGAUUCACGAUUCCCAUCAUUCUUGAAUAGUGAGCUUCGACCGUCUCUACGAAGGAACAAUGCUGCUGCCAAUUGCUUGAGCCGGGCUUCGACUCAAAGCUUGGACGGGCGUUUCAUGUGAAGGCAGAGCGCGUAUCGGAUGGAGCAAGGAGGUUGGCAGUGACCGAGCCUGGGGGAUUGGGCUGGGGUUUCGUCGUCCAACAGUGAAAUCUCUGAUUCAACUGAUAUGUCGUCGGCCUGUGACCGACGGGCACGAGAUCGGGAUUUGGCGAUCGGCCAGCAUCGUGAUCAGUCGAGCAUGGCAAGGCAGAUUCUGCGGUCCAGAGGAGUCGGGAGCAAUUGCAGCGUGGGCGUGGUGCGCUGGUGGUUCGUGAGCGCAUGCUUGCUGUCGUGGACGCUGGCGGCGAUCGCGCAGCUGAGCGAGUCGGACGUGCGCGCGCUGCAGGAAAUUCGCAACAAUCUGGAGGACUUGCCGGGCUCGUCAUUCUUCUCGUCGUGGAAUUUCUCGACGGAUUCGGCGACGAAUCCGUGCGAUUCCUUCAAGGGCGUGCAGUGCUACGUGGUGGACGGCGUGCAGCGCGUGGUGGUGCUGAACAUCGGAGAACCGACGGCGGGGUCGCCGGGGCUGAAGGGGACGCUGUCGGAGGCCGUCGGCAGGCUGACGGCGCUGGCGCAGUUCUCGAUAGUUCCCGGGGCUGUCAGCGGGUCGAUCCCCUGGACGCUGGGCUCCUUGACCAACUUGCAGUUCCUGGGCCUGUAUGGCAACAAGUUUGCCGGUAACAUUCCGUGGCAGAUGUCCAAUCUGAACCGGCUGCAGAGCGUGAUUCUGACUGACAACCAGCUGAGCGGGCCCAUCCCGGACGGCGUGGCCAAGCUGCCGUCGCUGUCCACGCUGUCCGUCGCCAACAACAAGCUGUCGGGCGAGCUGCCGGACUUCUCCGCCGCGACGUCGCUCAAGCAUCUGGACCUGACGAAGAACGAGCUGACGGGCAAGUUACCGUUGCUGCCCUACGGCAUCAAGUACGUGAGCCUGGCGAACAACCGGCUGGGCGGGGGCCUGGACCGGCUGACCGGGCUCCGCAGCCUAACGUACCUAGACCUGGGCUCGAACGAGCUGACCGGCGAGGUGCUGGCCGAGGCCUUCUCCUUCCCCCUGCAGUACCUGCUGCUCGACCGGAACAGGCUGUCGGGCAGCCUUUACAUACCGUUGCCGUGCAAGAUCGAGGUCGUGGAUCUGAGCUACAAUAACCUGUCGGGAUCGGUGCCAACGGCCUUGGCCGGCGUCAAGAAUCUCUAUCUGAACAACAAUCGCUUCAGCGGAAUGGUGCCCCCGAUCUACGCCUUCAAUUUGCAAAGCGCCGUCGUGGAAACUCUCUUCCUGCAGAAUAACUUUCUCAUCGGCCUGACCAAUCUGCUGCCGGGCAUGAGCCUGCCGGCCGACGUGACUCUGUGCUUCCAGUUCAACUGCGGCCUCCCUCCGCUUCAAAGCGCUUGUCCCAGCCGCGGCGGCCGCGACGACACCAGGCCCAUUCUCGACUGCCUCAACCCCGAGCUCACGCACGACGGCGAUCACCCGUGACACCAUUCGCUUCGUGUUUCGUUGCAUUCAUUUAUUACUGAGCUAGGCUUCAGGUUCUGGUAGGGCUGUAGGCGAGUGGAGCAGGAGUGCAGUUUUGAUGGAAAGGUGGGAAGGAAGGUCGGCAGGAAGGUGGUGGUGGGUGGCGGAGGUCGGUGGGGGACACUCUCCCUCGCUCUCUCUCUCUCUCUAUCAGUAGCACACCAGGCCAGCACCGGAUUUCGCUUCCUUCCGUUGUAGAAUAUCUGGUCUCCGUUUCUUUCUUGCAAAAUGCGCAGCUCGGUUCGGUUCGGUUCGGUUCGGUGCAGUCAGUCAGUUGGUGGUCCAAUUGCACUGCCACCAUAUUCACAUAGUUAGCUGAAUUAGAUAGGUUAUUGAUUAGCUCGCGCACGGAAGUACACAUGUCUGGCUGAAGCUCACCAGCCCCCGCCCCCCUCCCUUCCGGCUGCACUCUGUGUCUAGUGGCAUAAACUUGAAGCUCUUUGUAAAUCAAAUCGACCUGCAUUGCAACCGGUGGGAGGAAUUGUGUAUGUAUUCGACGAGGAAGGAGAUAGUAGGACCCGACAGACAUAUAUGACAGAUUUAUUCCUAGAUUCAAAGGAAACAUGAAGACCAGCUAGAGUAGACGCUUUGACGUAGAUAUCUGACCCAGAGCCAACGAUGGUAUGUUGCCUGACGAGCAGAAUUCAUUGAUUCAUUCUUGGAACGUCGUUUCCUCCCUCC